AAUGAGUCAAGAAUCGACCCACGGUCAGUACGUUCCGGAGCCGGAGCACGUGAGCGUGCACACGGUGAACACCGAGGGUUCGAGUUUCACGCCUCUGGGUAACGGAGGGCAACAGCAGAAUCAACCAGAGCCAGCGGGACAGCCACCAGCUGUACCACCGCCAGUCGUACCACCUCCAGUGAUGCCCCCGUUGGCGAUACCGCAGGUGGCCUACGAGCAGAUGUUCCCGGCCAUGAUGGCCCAUUAUAUGCAGCACAUGGCGCAGCUUAUGCCCAUGUUCCAGCCACCGCCGCCACCACAGCCGCAGCCGCGCAUCGUUUCCUUCAAGACAUUGAAGGAUAAUGGAGCGGAAGAGUUUCGAGGAGACAAGAUGGGGGAGCCCCAGAUUGCAUUGGAUUGGCUUGAGCAGAUGGACCGGGUACUCAAGAAUUUGAGAGUCCCUGAUGCAGAUCGCUCGGAGUUGGCGUCACAGAUGUUUCGGAAGGGAGCAUAUGAUUGGUGGAAGCGCAUUGACCAGGAUCCACACACGCCCAAGCCAUGGACCUGGGAUCGCUUUGAUUGAGCCUUCACGAAGGAGUACGUCCCCACCCGGUACCGCGAGGAGAGGCGCGAUGAGUUCGUUGCGCUUAAGCAGGAGGGGAUGUCACUGCCUGAACUGAGACAGAAGUUCGACUACCUGUCCCAGUAUGCGACGAGUCUGGUCUCCACUCCGGAGGAUCGUUUGAAUGAGUUCGUCAAGAAGCUACGGCCGGACUUGAG